UUCCUCCCAACCUUGCAGCGUGCCUGACUGAGAGUGGAUGCUUCCAGGUUCCAGGUCUGGCAUCCUUGAAGUGAACCUGAGACAGAGUAGAGGAGGAAGAGGAGGAGGAGAAAGGACUGCAAGCAAGCGGACCGGCCGCCGGGCAAGCAAGCAGGCAGCCAGGCAGGCUAGCUCAGGAGGCUUGGCUGGCUGGUACUCGGUGUCCUGAAGCAGCUCAAGAAGCCACUGAUCUGUUCUCAGCCUGACAGUUCAUCUGCUGAUCCACCUAUGAGAGAAGUUGCUGCCCUCAACUAGCUAAGAGUGAGGAAUGAACUGGUGUUGGCAUGUCUCACCCCUAGAGCAGCUCCCAGGGGCCCUUUCUGUGGCACGGGGACAGUGCCAGGUCUGCCAUCUGUUUCUCUGGGGCUGAAUCUCCUUCCAGGGACUCCCUAUCUGCUGUUCUAAAACCCAUCCCUUCUAGAACAAGAAAGCGACAGUAGCAAUGAAUUACCCCAUGCCCCAGAAAUUGGGAUUGGAAUGAAUAGAUGCCAACAGAUGCUCUAACCAGUCGAUAUCCAAGACCAAUCUCUCAAACGCCAAAGAACCAAUUCUUCUCCUGAGGCUGGCUCAUCCAAGCCCAGUCCCAGCAGUAUCCAUCUUUUAUUGAGGUCCAGAAAUUAUCCCUCUGUGGGGGGAAAUCCCCUGGUCACUAAGGCUUUCGCUCAUCGGGCCAGAUACUCUGAAGUGACAAUGGAAGACCACAUGUUCAGCGUUCAACAAAUUCAGCCCAACGUCAUUUCCGUAAGGCUGUUUAAACGCAAAGUGGGCGGCUUGGGAUUCCUGGUGAAAGAACGGGUCAGCAAGCCUCCGGUGAUUAUCUCGGAUCUGAUUCGGGGUGGGGCAGCUGAACAGAGUGGCCUUAUCCAGGCAGGAGACAUCAUCCUUGCGGUCAAUGGCCGGCCUUUGGUGGACAUGAGCUAUGACGGUGCCCUGGAGGUUCUGAGGAGUAUUGCUUCAGAGACUCACGUGGUCCUUAUCCUGAGAGGCCCCGAGGGCUUCACUACUCACCUGGAAACUACAUUCACUGGGGACGGGACACCCAAGACCAUCCGAGUGACCCGACCCUUAGGCCCAGCCACCAAGACGGUGGACCUGUCCCACCAGGCUGUUCCCAGCAAAGAUCAGCCCCCCGGGCCGGACAGUGCGGCCCCCCUCCGAAAUGUGCCUCAGCGUCCCCGAGAAAAUGGUCAAGAAGACAAUCCCCUGGCACAAGCCAACGGCAUGGUACCUGACCCCACAAAGAAGGGUGCCCCGGCUGGCCUGCAUGGAGGUGGGGAAAGCAACGACCUUCUCCGAGAGAUCCAGCCAGUGCUGAACCUGCUUACCAGUGGCAAGAAGGAGAUCAAUGGAGGGCAGCCGCACAAGGUGGAGACCAAGGAUGCAGAAGUCCAGGCAGACAGAGAUUUGGAAGGAAAGUCCCACAAACUUCUGCCACUUGGAAUGGAGAAUGAUCGUGUCUUCAAUGAUUUGUGGGGCAAGAAUAACAUGCCUGUUGUCUUGAACAACCCAUAUUCAGAAAAGGAACAGCCUCCAACCUCGGGAAGGCAGUCACCUACCAAGAAUGGCAGUCCUACUAAAUGUCCUCGUUUUCUCAAAGUCAAGAAUUGGGAAACAGAUGUGGUUCUCAAUGACACACUUCACCUCAAGAGCACCUUGAACACAGCUUGCACUGGACAGAUCUGCAUGGGUUCCAUCAUGUUCCCCUCCCAACACAUACGGAAGCCUGAAGAUGUCCGAACUAAAGAGCAACUCUUUCCCUUGGCCAAAGAGUUCAUUGAUCAAUACUAUUCAUCUAUAAAGAGAUUUGGCUCCAAAGCCCACACAGAUAGACUGGAAGAAGUAAACAGGGAGAUAGAAACCACCAGCACCUACCAGCUGAAAGACACAGAGCUGAUCUAUGGAGCUAAACAUGCCUGGAGAAAUGCUUCUCGCUGUGUGGGCAGGAUCCAGUGGUCCAAGCUGCAGGUGUUUGAUGCACGAGACUGUACCACAGCCCACGGGAUGUUCAACUACAUCUGUAAUCAUGUCAAAUAUGCCACAAACAAAGGGAACCUCAGAUCCGCCAUCACCAUAUUUCCCCAGCGGACAGAUGGCAAGCACGACUUCAGAGUCUGGAACUCCCAGCUCAUCAGAUACGCAGGUUAUAAGCAGCCUGAUGGCAGCAUCCUAGGAGACCCUGCCAAUGUGGAGUUCACAGAUAUAUGCAUUCAGCAAGGCUGGAAGCCUCCAAGAGGACGUUUUGAUGUCCUGCCGCUCCUGCUCCAGGCCAAUGGCAAUGAUCCUGAGCUGUUCCAGAUUCCUCCGGAGCUGGUUUUGGAAGUGCCCAUCAGACAUCCCAAGUUCACAUGGUUCAAGGAGCUGGGACUGAAGUGGUAUGGUCUGCCAGCUGUAUCCAGCAUGCUCCUGGAGAUCGGAGGCCUCGAGUUCAGUGCUUGCCCAUUCAGCGGCUGGUACAUGGGCACUGAGAUUGGCGUCCGUGAUUACUGUGACAACUCGCGAUAUAAUAUUCUUGAGGAAGUGGCCAAAAAGAUGAAUCUGGACAUGAGGAAAACUUCCUCCCUGUGGAAAGACCAAGCCCUGGUGGAGAUCAACAUUGCGGUACUCUACAGUUUCCAGAGUGACAAAGUGACAAUUGUUGACCACCAUUCAGCCACCGAGUCCUUCAUCAAGCACAUGGAGAAUGAGUACCGCUGCCGAGGAGGAUGUCCGGCUGACUGGGUUUGGAUUGUCCCGCCCAUGUCUGGCAGCAUCACACCUGUUUUCCACCAGGAAAUGCUCAACUAUCGACUCACGCCUUCCUUUGAGUACCAGCCAGAUCCAUGGAACACCCAUGUCUGGAAAGGUACUAAUGGGACCCCCACAAAAAGGAGAGCCAUUGGCUUCAAGAAGUUGGCAGAAGCUGUCAAGUUCUCAGCUAAGCUGAUGGGUCAGGCCAUGGCAAAAAGAGUCAAAGCCACCAUUCUCUAUGCCACCGAGACAGGCAAAUCUCAGGCCUAUGCAAAAACCUUGUGUGAAAUCUUCAAACAUGCCUUUGAUGCCAAGGUCAUGUCCAUGGAAGAAUAUGAUAUUGUACAUCUAGAACACGAGACGCUGGUCUUGGUGGUUACUAGCACCUUUGGCAAUGGAGAUCCUCCAGAGAAUGGAGAGAAAUUUGGCUGUGCUUUGAUGGAAAUGAGGCACCCUAACUCUGUGCAGGAGGAAAGGAAGUCCCGGGAACCCUUGCCUUUCUUUCCCCGUAGAGGGCCACCACCUCCCUAUGAACAAACGGAAGUGUAUAACCUGGCUACGGCACGGGACAGUCAGGACAGGAGCUACAAAGUCCGGUUCAAUAGUGUCUCCUCGUACUCUGAUGCCCGGAAAUCUUCAAGUGAUGGACCCGACCUGAGAGACAAUUUUGAAAGUGCUGGGCCCCUGGCCAAUGUGAGAUUCUCAGUGUUUGGCCUUGGAUCGAGGGCGUACCCCCACUUCUGUGCCUUUGGCCACGCAGUGGACACCCUCCUUGAAGAACUUGGCGGGGAACGCAUCCUGAAGAUGAGGGAAGGGGAUGAGCUCUGUGGUCAGGAAGAAGCCUUCAGAACAUGGGCCAAGAAGGUCUUCAAGGCAGCCUGUGAUGUGUUCUGUGUGGGGGAUGAUGUCAACAUAGAGAAAGCCAACAAUUCCCUCAUCAGCAAUGACCGAAGUUGGAAGAGGAACAAGUUCCGGCUGACCUAUGUGGCUGAAGCUCCAGAGCUCACCCAAGGUCUGUACAGCAUUCACAAAAAAAGAGUAUCUGCUGCCCGGCUCCUCAGCCGCCAGAAUCUUCAAAGCCCUAAUUCCAGUCGUUCAACCAUCUUUGUGCGUCUCCACACCAAUGGGAACCAAGAGCUGCAGUACCAGCCUGGGGACCAUCUAGGUGUAUUCCCUGGAAACCAUGAGGACAUGGUGAAUGCCCUGAUCGAUCGACUCGAGGAUGCCCCUCCUGCCAACCAGCUGGUGAAAGUGGAGCUUCUGGAGGAGAGGAAUACAGCUUUGGGUGUCAUCAGUAACUGGACAGAUGAGCACCGGAUUCCACCCUGCACCAUCUUCCAGGCCUUUAAGUACUACCUGGAUAUCACCACGCCCCCAACACCCCUGCAACUACAGCAGUUUGCUUCAUUGGCCACCAAUGACAAGGAGAAACAGCGACUGCUGGUCCUCAGCAAGGGAUUACAAGAGUAUGAGGAGUGGAAAUGGGGCAAGAACCCCACAAUUGUGGAGGCCUUGGAGGAAUUCCCAUCGGUGCAGAUGCCAUCCACUCUCCUGCUGACCCAGCUGUCCCUGUUGCAGCCCCGCUACUAUUCUAUUAGCUCCUCCCCGGACAUGUACCCUGAUGAGGUGCACCUGACUGUGGCGGUUGUGUCCUACCGCACUGGAGAAGGUGAAGGACCGAUCCACCAUGGGGUCUGCUCUUCCUGGCUCAACCGAAUACAACCAGAGGAAGUAGUUCCUUGUUUUGUCCGAGGAGCUCCCAGCUUCCACUUGCCCCGAGAUCCCCAGGUACCCUGUAUCCUAGUUGGCCCAGGCACAGGAAUAGCACCUUUCCGGAGCUUCUGGCAGCAAAGGCUAUUUGAUAUUCAGCACAAAGGCAUGUCUCCAUGUCCCAUGGUCCUGGUCUUUGGGUGUCGGCAGUCUAAGAUCGACCACAUCUACAAGGAGGAAACCCUACAGGCCAAGAACAAAGGUGUCUUCAGAGAGCUGUACACGGCCUAUUCCCGUGAGCCAGACAAACCAAAGAAAUAUGUACAGGAUGCCUUACAGGAACAGCUGGCAGAGACUGUGUACAGAGCCCUGAAGGAAAAAGGGGGUCACAUCUAUGUUUGUGGGGAUGUCACGAUGGCCGCCGAUGUUCUGAAAGCCAUCCAACGCAUCAUGAUCCAGCAGGGGAGGCUCUCAGCAGAGGAGGCUGGGGUGUUCAUUAGCAAACUGAGGGAUGACAACCGCUACCAUGAAGAUAUAUUUGGGGUCACCCUGCGCACGUAUGAAGUGACCAACCGCCUUAGAUCUGAGUCCAUUGCCUUUAUUGAAGAGAGCAAGAAGGACACUGAUGAGGUGUUCAGCUCCUAACUGGGUUCCUUCUGCCCCAUUCGGAUGGAUGCCAGGCUGGGCUGCCGCCCCCAGGCCUUCUCCCGGCGGAAGGUGCCAGGUUUUGGAAAGAUGGACACUGGUGCCUCUUUCCCAUGGGACUCCCGUGAAAUGCGCGCUCCCUCUCGUCCUGUCGUUGCGUUGUGGUUUUUUUGUCUGUUUUUCUUCUUUUCGGACCUCGAGUCCUGUGGGCCUUCCUUUGGCCCCCGUUUGUUUCCUCUUGGAACCUUUCUGCUGCAAUGCAAUGGCUUCUCCUCUGCAGUGGCUCUUAUGAAAUGACGUUUCUUCUCCCCCUCUUUCCCUCUUUCUCUCUUUCUCUCUCUCUAUUCCAAGGGCAUACCACAGCUGCAUGAAAUCACCAGAUCACUCCUGUUUGGCAUUUUCAUGUUGGUUUUCUGGGGUUUCUUUGGAAAUGCAGUAGGGACUGGAGAGCAAAGACUCGCUGUGGGUCUCUUCCUGUGGACAGUCCCCAGCGCCUGAAGUCACACGCCAUUCUUUUUUAAAGUUAUCGUCAUUUUUCAGUGUGCGUGUGCACGCACGUGUGUGUGUAUGUGUACGUGUGAGGGGCAUGGGUCCUCAUCUGUUCUCCCCUUGCUUGUACAAGCCUGUUGCCUGCAGACCUUUGGUGCAGAGAAACUGUUUUCCCUUGGCACAUGUGUCCCCACUCCAACAAGGCUGGCACCGUUUUGUAUGAACCACUUGGGAGCUCCUGGAUUGGAGAGCAUUGGCAUUCAAAGGGUCAGGGUGACUGUGAUGAUUGGGGAUGAUUUGUCCCCCAUGCGGGAGAAAUCAAUCAGUGUAUAAGUCACUGAGGAACAAAUCCAUCUCAUGAAUUCCAUACACCAUGCUCUCGCUCCCUCAGCUCUGGCCCCUGACACAUCAUCUAGUUUUAUGUCCUUCAAACCCUUUCCUAGACCCAUCUGCUACACUGCUCCUGGCCCUGGGUCUGCCACUAUUUGGUACUGAGCAAGUAACUUCACUGCCCAGGACCUCAGUUUCUUUCUCUGUGAAAUGGAUGGGAAUUUGUAGGGAAAUUUCUCCUUCCUCUACCCCCCCAAACCCCACUCAAAAAAAGUUGUCUUAAAGUAGAAUAAGCAUCCUCAGCACUAAAGUUCUUUGAGAAGAGUUUGGAUAAUCAACAGGCACUUACUAAGUGCCAGGAAUUAUGCUUGAUCAUGGAGAUAAAAAGAAAGGCAUUUUCUGUACCUUGAUGUGGUACAGAUAAGAUAUAUACAGAGUAAGUGGAAAGCCCCUCAUCAGUAGAAUCAAAUUAAUCAGCAUUUAUUAAGCUCCUUCUAUGUAUUAUGCCCUAUGCUAAGUGCUAGGGAUACAGUGAAAGGCAAAAAACAAACAAACAAAUCCAUAACCCCUGCUCCCAAGGAACUCACUGUCCAAUGGGAACGAUUCCAAAGGAAUGGCCUGGCCAAGGCAACUGCUAAGCCUUUUACAACUUAAGAGUGUAUAAAAAGGGAGAAGUUAAAGAUCUCUGAGCUGUCUCAUAACUCUAAAAGUCUAUGAUCCUCUUGGAGUUGGCCAAAAACAGUAGGCUAGAAAUCACAAGCACUACACUGACUUUGCUGUAUGAUAUUGGGGACCUUACCGCCAUAUGCCUCAGAUUUUCUCCCCUAUUUUUUUUCUUGAGAGAGAAAGAAUACUUUGUUUCCUGAGCAUGGAAGAGAAUAUAAAGAUUGUUUCCUGAGAAAUGCAUUAUGUCAACACACAUCACUAUUGAUUGUCUUUUGGCUCCAGUAAUGGACUUGCCCUCUCCCCCUGAGAUAUGAAACCUGAAAGGACAGUGAUAAGACUAAAGAGAGAGGUGUUCUUGUGUAUACUACUCCUUGACAAUAGAAAACAGCAGGGGACCGUGAUAAUCCAAAAAGUGCAGGAGAUGCUAGAUUACAUUAAGAGGGGAGCAUUGUGGAGAAUAAGGAAGGUUUUGCUCCUGUUGUCUGUCCUUUGCAUCCCUGGUCAGACCAUGUUUAGAGGACUAAGCUGGAGCACUUCCGGAGGAGGAUGACCAGAACAGUGAAGAUAUGUUCACCAGAUCAUACCAGUAUGCAUAAGAGAUGAAUAGAAGAGGAUUCCAUUUGGAACAAUAAAUGGAAGCAACAAAGAGGUAGAUUUUAAGAUAAGAACAAUGAGACGUAUCCAAAGGUUCAAUGCCUUGGAGAGAGUGGGAGCUCUCGCUGAUGGUUUUCAAGCAAAGGCCAGAGGACCCCUUGGUAUGAUUAUUGUUAAAGGGAUUCUGGCAUAGGUUGGACCAAAUAGCCCCUGAGGUAUUUCUGGUUUUGAGAGGCCGUGAUCAUGUGUAGAGGAAGAAAUGCAAUGGUAGAUGUGUUCCCUUCAACAGGGAAGCAUAUAUUCUUCACCUUUCUUGUUAAGACUUCUAACAGUCUGUUGAAAUCUAUGGAUACCUUUUCAGAAUCAUAUUCUUAAAUGUAUAAAAUAAUAGACAUAAGAUUAUAUACAGAAAAGCAAGUGUAUUGAAAUACAGUUAUAAAAGGCAAAAUUUAAACUAAGUUCAAGGACUCGAAGUUAAGAACCCAUGCCUUAAAAGAUGAAUAAUUUAAUUUGAUGCUUUUGACAGAAUUACUUUCUCUUGAUUGAGGUUUUAAAAGUCCCGUCCCAGAACUUUUGCUUUCCUUCCUAGUGGAAGGCAAAUGUCCUUCCAUUCAUGGUAAUUUUGACCUGGCCAAGUCCCUUGACAUAAUUGCCCUCCCCAAAGAAUUACUAAAGUUUUUGCCUAUUUGGAGAUGCUAAACACUAUUAAGUGGCAUCUGGAAAAAGCCAAUGGUCUUCCGGGUGAUGAAGCCUCAUAGAACCUACUCCAACCCUACAGGAUAAGAAAGAGGCUUCAGUUUCCUAUCCAUCCCCUAGUCACUGGUUUUCAUUAUUUUGGACAAACAUUUCUUCUAGAGAGCAUCCUCUGACUGAGUGUGGAGACCAGACAGAGAGAAAACAUUUGGGCAUCUUGGCCAGAGUUAACGUAUCUGUGAGAUCAGAUAAGCUCCCAGAAAUAACUUCAAGGAAAGCAAAGGGACCUUCUAACAUACAAGCCCCUCAGGAUGGAUGGCUGUCCUUUUUAUUCCCUAAGACCUCUUGGGAAGCAGGGCAGAUGGCCCCACAUAUGGUUCAUGCUACUGUUCUGCUCCCUGGCAAUCAGCAAAGUGUUCCUCAUGUCAGGUCACAAUCUCAAAGCAGUGGAAAGAGAUCUGGAUUUAAAAUUAAGAAGUCCUGCAUUCUAAUACUGCCUCAACACACCCUAACAGUGUUGCCCUUGGUAAGUCCCUCUAUCUCUUUAAGAUGCCAUUUCUUCAUUAUAAAAUGAGGACAACAAUAGAUAUGUUACACAGGAUUAUCCUAAAGAUCUAAUGAGAAAAUAUCUCCAAACUCCUUUAUAACUAUAACAUGCUGUGUGAUUAUUAGCUCUCUUUUUCUUUAAGCCAGUUUUCGCCUAUUCAAUUAAAAGAAUGACUUAACAUCCUUCUUAUAAAAACCCCUUCAAUGAGUUGGAGAUGGUCAUUAAGUCAGCCCUUCAUCUUCUCCAAUUAAAAGAAUUCUGGUUCUUCUCACGGCCUUUUUUCUUUUUAGUCCUUCUGCUUCUUUUGAGUCACAUCUCCUAAGACAUCACUAGUUUCCCAGGGGGUUAAGCUGUUGUCUCUGCUCUUCCUCUUGCUUUCCCCUUUUACAAAUGUCCUCUCUGAUUUCCACUCCCCAACUAAGCUUCAGGUUUUCACUAAUGCCUCCAUCUUUGAUAAAUAUCAGCAGUAAAGAGAGUUGUGGAUGCAGCCAUUCAUUCUAAACUAAGACCCAAAGUCAAAUGAAGAACUUUCAAUGUGUCUCUAGAAAUAGGUAUCCUCCUAAAUUCUAUCCCUGGUCCCCAGAACAAGCUACCAGGUGAGAGAUUAAUUAAAUGAGAGCUUCUAUUUCCAAGUAUUCCUUAACUUUGAAAAAUCUUUUAAAAAAAAGUUUUAUCUUCAAACCAGAAUCCUUUAUGUGUCACAGAGUUAUGACGCUAAUACUUUGGAUCUUACUAUGAAUUUACAACUGGUGAUCAAGUCCAUCCUUCACAGAGGCAAAGCAGCUGGCCCCAAAUAGAAGCAGUGAAGUGCUGCCCCUUAGGUCAUAGGAUCAUAAUUCUAAAGCUAGCAGUCAUGUUGAAGGCCAGGUUCAUUUUACAGAGAAGGAAACUGAGGCAGGAGGCUCUUAAGUGACCUACCCAAGUUUAUAAAGGUGGUAUAUGAACCCACAUUAUCUGACUCCAAUGCUCUUUCCAUUGUUCUAUGAUUCCCUGGGUGGAUUCCCAUGGAGAAGAAAGAAAUCUAGAUCCAUUUACCUUUUUCAUCCCAUGGGAGACCAUUUGUCAAUUCUGCAAGCAUGGAGGGGGUAAGAUCUGCAUUGUUGGAGGGUGUGUAAAGAGAUUAAAAUGCUGCAGAGUAUCACUGUAAGUGAGUAAAUGCUGCCCCCUCAUGGCAGUUCUCAGGAAACUCCUUGAGAUUGUCCAAAACUUUUAACAAUUGUGUGUAAUCCCAUUCAAAAAUUAGAGAAAUUCACUUUGUAUUUUUAAAAGCUGAUUACCUGGCAUCUGAAAGUGGUACUCCUUCCUCUCUAACUUGUUAAUAAGUUAAUUAUCAACCCUGAUUGUUAAACCUUAAAUAUCCUAUUGACAUGGAGAAUGAGGUAGGGGAUCAGAUCCUUCUUCCUCCAUCCCCAAUUCCCAUCCCAAAGAAUAAAGACAGCACCUAAUGAGUAAUCUCAGUGUAUCUCUGAGAUAAUAUAACAGUUCCUCGAAAAAGGUUAGUGAUAAUGGAUGCAGACGAAGUCUCAACAAAUCAAUAGCCUCACAAAUAACAGAGAAGAAAAAAGAAACAGAGAAACAUUUCUCAAAAGGUGGUAGAAUUUUAGCCAAUCUUAUUAGCCUCAAAACCACAUCCACUUGAUGUUUACAUGCUCGAUGUUUCUCUCUCUCUUCCUCCUCCCUAGUUCCUUUCCUCCUUUAACUACACUCCUAGAUUACAUAUAUUUUUAUACCCCCUUUUAAAAUCUUCAAUAAAGGAUUUGGGCUAAGAGGAUAGGAUGCUGGGUAGGAUGACAGAGGCUAGAUUUUCUAAUCCAAAUGAUAAUGCAAAACCUUCCUGAGAAUAAGUAACAUUGACCCUGACUUCCUGAGACACUGGGAGCUUUCCCAACCAUCCUUUGCCCACCCAGCCACAAUCCCUCCAGUUGGAAUGCAAAUCCAUUCAUUGAGAGCUCAGAUAAAAAGCUAAGUUUGGGGCCUCCAUCAUAGGGGAUGUCUUAAUCUUGGGGAAACAGCCAUUCUGAUCUUUGCCCAAAAGCCAAAAAUGGGGACAAGGGAAGAUGGAGAAAAGAGAGAGUUCAUGUUUCAAUUUAACCUCAGAUGCACUUUAAGUUAUCUCCAUUUACAUCUGCCUCGCCUAACACAGCACACAACUUAUCAGCCUUUGUAGCCAGAGCCUAAUUAAACCUUCUACCCCUCACAACCGGCUUUCUUUAAAGACGUAAAACAAAGUGAGAGCCUUAAACUCAGUUCUGUAGUUUAGAUUAAGUAAUUCCAUGGGGCCUUCUUAUUGAGCUCCUCAUGGAUGCUUUCUGAAACUUUAUAGUGGCCCAAGCAUUCCCUAAGCAAAAGCCAACUACGAAAGACGUAUCUCCCUAAUUCUGGAGUUUCCAAAGAAAGAAAGACUCCUUGAAAGCAAGGUGGAGCUGAAGAUUUUUGAGCCUGAGAUUCCAGGCCGAUUUCCUUGGGUUCCUAUCCUAUCGUACCGCUCCCAUGCCAUCUCACGUGCUCUGACACAAUCAUGUUCUUUUUGUUGUGAUCACCCAAACCACGUUUCAAGCUGAGGAUGGACUCGGUGACUCAGGGGCAACUGUCUGGUCGGCUUCAGCCUUGAAGCCCAGUUGUAUGUUUCCUUCCAGAGGGAUGGGGGAACUAGGAGGGACAGAGUUGGAGCAGGAGUGGAUGCUGCAUUUAACCAUGGAUUUUCCCCCCCUACCUCUGAGCUCUUGAUGCUGCUAAGUCUGUGCCGUGCAUACAACGUGCUCCAGCACCUCUCUCCAGGACUGAUUCCUGCUCAGUCUGCGAGGCUCUCCAGGCUGUGUUCUCCGCAUGCACCUGUUCUUCUGGAUAGUUCCAAUCUUCUGGUUUUAUGGAAUAAAAAAAAAAACUACAUAUGCCUGUUUGCAUUAUGAUUAAAAAUUAAAAAGUGGACCCAA